AUGAUAAUUAUUUGUUUUAAAGACUACACAAGCGAAGGUGCUAGGGACACUGAAGGCCAUGGUACACACACAGCAUCCACUGCUGCUGGAAACGCAGUCGCGGACACAAGCUUCUUUGGAAUCGGCAACGGAACCGUAAGAGGAGGCGUUCCAGCCUCUAGAAUCGCCGCUUACAAAGUCUGUAACCUGGCAGGAUGUAGCACGGAAGCUCUCUUGUCUGCAUUCGACGACGCUAUAGCAGACGGUGUGGAUAUAGUCACCAUCUCCAUCGGUGAUAUUGGAGCGUCCAAGUUCGUAGACGACCCCAUCGCUAUUGGGGCUUUUCACGCUAUGACCAAAGGUAUUCUCACUGUUGCCGCGGCUGGUAACAGCGGUCCGCAAGAAAGUACAGUCUCUGCUGUAGCGCCAUGGAUUUUAACGGCUGCAGCUAGUACCACGAACCGUGGGUUUUUCACACAAGUUGUUCUAGGAAACGGCAAGACACUUGUCGUGAGUACCACGUAA